GUCUUAGUGGGUGGUCGAGGGACAGCUUGGUAACAAGCGGCAGGCGAACGCUCUGGAUGGGCUUCCUGGGAGCGGAAUAAACAUGGCCGAGCUUUCUGAGCCCGAAGGACCGGUAGAUUGGAAGGAGCGAUGUGUAGCUCUGGAGUCUCAGCUCAUGAAAUUUAGAGUUCAAGCAAGUAAGAUAAGAGAGCUUCUAGCAGAGAAGAUGCAGCAGCUUGAGAGACAAGUUAUUGAUGCCGAACGUCAAGCAGAAAAAGCUUUUCAACAGGUUCAAGUUAUGGAAGAAAAAUUAAAAGCUGCUAACAUUCAAACCAGUGAAUCAGAAACAAGGCUAUAUAAAAAGUGUCAAGAUCUGGAAUCUCUAAUACAGGAAAAAGAUGACGUCAUUCAGAACUUGGAACUACAACUUGAAGAGCAGAAGCAAAUAAGAAUACAAGAAGCUAAAAUAAUAGAAGAGAAGGCAGCUAAAAUCAAGGAAUGGGUAACGGUAAAACUAAAUGAGCUAGAAUUGGAGAAUCAGAAUCUUCGUUUGAUCAAUGAAAAGCAAACUGAAGAGAUAAGAGCAAUACAGUCAAAACUACAAGAAGUUCAAGGGAAGAAGUUGUCUGCUGUCUCUACACCAAAACUUUUGGAAGGGCAACGUCUGAGCAGUUUGACAUUUGGGUGCUUUCUAUCACGAGCAAGGAGUCCUCCUCAGAUAGUAAAAUGUGAGGAAAUAAGCAAGCUAUCAUCUAAAAAACCUGAAUUCACGGAAGGAAAACACACAGAAGUGGAAAUUCCAGAGAAGUCUGCUGAUAACCAAGUUCAGGAAAGCGACAGAGGCCUGAGAACGCUGCAUCAGGCCCCUAGCAGCUCAGAACAAAACCGGAAAAUGAGAAUCAGCUGUGCGACAGAUGAUGGCACUUCCCAGAAUUCUGUGGCUCCUGCGAGUGACUGGAGUUCUGAUGAGGAAGAUGGGAGCAAAGAGAAACGGAAGUCCAGGUGCACGUCCACCCUGUCCAGCCACACCUCCGAGGAGGGCGUCCAGGGCAGCAGGCUGGGGAGCGAAGCGUACCUCACGGCAUCUGAUGACAGCAGCUCCGUAUUUGAGGAAGAGACUUUUGGCCUAAAGAGGCCAGAACACAAGAAGCUGUAUUCUUGGCAACAGGAGGCCCAGUGGAAAGCUCAGAACAGUCUUCUUGCAAAGGGAAGUUCGGAGUCAAAGAAGAAGGAGCAAGACAGUUCCUCGGAUGAACUCAGUAAAAGAUUUCAAUCCCAGAGGUUGGAUUAUUCGUCCUCAUCUAGUGAGGCCAACACUCCAAGCCCAAUUCUGACUCCUGCUUUAGCUCCAAAGCAUCCCAGCUUGCUCCCUGGAAAAGGAGUGUCAGCAGUGCCUGCAUCACACCUGCCCCCCGCAAAGUUAAGGGUUCCUAACGUUUUCAGUAUAAGUGUAGCCCUCGCCAAAAGGCACUUAAGUCAGCCACAGUUAAGUUCUGACAGGAUGUUUGGGACCAACAGAAAUGCUAUAAGCAUGAUACGACCACUGAGACCUCAGGAAACAGAUCUAGAUCUGGUUGACUGUGACAGUGAAAUUUUAGAGAAUAUGGACACAAGUUGUGAGGAUGGAUUAUUCUCCUAUGACUUUGUAGAGUCUCCAAAUUCAGAUGACCAGGAAACCUGUGACACAGCCAAGAAGACAGGGGGCAGCAAGCCCCCCACUCCUCCUCUGCACCGGUUUCCCUCUUGGGAAGGCAGAAUUUAUGCUGUAGCCAAAUCAGGCAUUCGAAUGUCUGAGGCCUUCAAUAUGGAGAAUGUUAACAAAAGUUCUGCUGCCAUGCUUUCCUAUACCACGUCCGGACUUUAUACAUCUCUAAUAUACAAGAACUUGACAACCCCCGUGUACACAACAUUAAAAGGGAAGGCGACGCAGAUAAGUAGCAGCCCCUUCCAGCACGACUCCUCCUCCGAGGAUGAGGACGGCUCCUCGUGCAGCUCGCGGGUGUCGGAGUCAGAGCCGCGCAGCCGCAGCGGGCCGGGCAGCCCCCGGGCCCUGAAGCGAGGUGUGUCUUUGGCCUCGGUGGCUUCUGAGAGUGACUAUGCUAUCCCUCCGGAUGCCUACCCCACAGACGCGGGGUGCUCGCAGCCCGAGCACAAGCUCCCCAAAACCUGCUCAUCCUCCAGUGAUAAUGGAAAAAAUGAACAACUGGAAAAAUCUGGCUAUCUACUAAAAAUGAGUGGGAAGGCCAAGACUUGGAAGCGGAGGUGGUUUGUUCUGAAAGGAGGCGAAUUACUUUACUACAAAUCUCCAAGCGAUGUAAUUAGAAAACCCCAGGGCCACAUUGAACUCAGUACGUCCUGCAGUGUUUUAAGAGGAGAUAACAAACAAACAGUUCAGCUGACCACUGAAAAACACACGUACUACCUGACUGCAGAUUCUCCCAAUAUAUUGGAAGAAUGGAUUAAAGUGUUGCAGAAUGUUCUUCGAGUGCAGGCUGCUAACCCAUUUUUCCUGCAGUCUGAGGGCAAACCAACAGUGAAGGGAUUGCUCACUAAGGUAAAACAUGGCUACUCCAAGAGAGUCUGGUGUACACUCAUAGGAAAGACAUUGUAUUAUUUUCGCAGUCAAGAAGAUAAGUUUCCUCUAGGUCAGAUCAAACUGUGGGAGGCAAAAGUUGAGGAGGUGGACAGGUCCUGCGAUUCUGAUGAGGAUUAUGAAGCCAGUGGCCGCAGCCUGCUCUCCACCCACUAUACUGUCGCUGUCCACCCCAAAGACCAAGGUCCAACUUACCUCCUAAUUGGAUCCAAGCAUGAAAAGGACACUUGGCUUUAUCAUCUGACGGUUGCUGCUGGAAGUAACACCGUAAAUGUUGGAUCUGAAUUUGAACAACUCGUUUGCAAACUGCUAAAUAUAGAAGGGGAACCUUCCUCCCAGAUCUGGAGACACCCCACUCUGUGCCACAGCAAGGAAGGAAUCUUGUCCCCGCUGACAACGCUGCCUUCUGAAGCUCUGCAGACGGAGGCUAUCAAGUUAUUUAAGACCUGCCAGCUUUUCAUAAAUGCUGCGGUUGACUCCCCUGCGAUUGAUUACCACAUAUCUCUAGCCCAGAGUGCUUUGCAGAUCUGUCUGACACAUCCCGAGCUACAGAAUGAAAUUUGCUGUCAGCUUAUUAAGCAAACAAGACGAAGACAGUCACAGAACCAAGCAGGGCCGUUGCAGGGCUGGCAGCUCCUGGCGCUCUGCGUUGGUCUCUUCCUUCCCCAUCACCCUUUCCUGUGGCUCCUCAAGCUCCAUCUAAAGCGGAAUGCAGAUUCCAGGUGUGCAGAAAACCGAACUGUCUGCGUGGCCUCUGAAAACCUACCAAAAAGUCAUAAGACAGAAUUUGGAAAAUAUGCUAUUUACUGCCAGCGCUGUGUAGAAAGAACGCAACAGAAUGGAGACCGAGAAGCAAGGCCCUCAAGAAUGGAAAUUCUUUCCACCCUUCUCCGAAACCCUUAUCAUCACUCGCUGCCCUUCAGUAUACCAGUGCACUUCAUGAAUGGGCUGUACCAGGUCGUAGGGUUUGAUGCGUCCACCACAGUGGAAGAGUUCCUUACUACUCUGAACCAAGACACAGGGAUGAGGAAGCCGGGGCUGUCUGGAUUUGCACUGUUCACUGACGACCCUUCUGGCAGAGACCUCGAGCACUGCCUUCAGGGAAACAUCAAGAUUUGUGACAUCAUUUCCAAAUGGGAGCAGGCAUCCAAAGAACAGCAGCCUGGGAAAUGCGAAGGUACAAGAACUGUUCGUCUGACUUACAAAAACAGACUGUAUUUCUCAAUGCAAGCUUAUGGAGAGACUGAUAGAGAAAAGUUGCUGUUAAUGUAUCAGACAAAUGAACAAAUAAUAAAUGGCCUUUUUCCUCUGAACAAAGACCUGGCGUUAGAAAUGGCGGCUCUCCUAGCUCAGGUGGAAAUUGGAGAUUUUGAAAGGCCUUUCUCAACUCCAGCGGGGCAUGUUGGCAACCAGUGCAAAGCAAAUCAAACGUUAAAACAAAUUAUAGAAAAAUUUUAUCCUAAAAGGUAUAGAAAUAGCUGCACUGAAGAACAGUUAAGGCAGCUUUACCAGCGACUGUCAACCAGAUGGAUGGCCCUCCGGGGACGCAGUGGUGCCGACUGCGUGCGCAUUUAUUUGACAGUAGCCAGGAAGUGGCCGUUCUUCGGUGCCAAGUUAUUUUUUGCAAAACCCAUAACUCCGUCAUCACUUGGAAAUACUUUCAUGUGGCUGGCUAUCAAUGAAAGUGGGUUAAGCAUCUUAGAAUUCAACUCCAUGAGAUUAUUAAUGAGCUAUGCGUACAAAAGUCUAAUGACCUUUGGAGGUUAUCAAGAUGAUUUUAUGGUAGUCAUUAACAAUUCUCAUUCGAAAGACAAACCAACGGAGAAAUUACUUUUCGCCAUGGCAAAACCUAAGAUUCUUGAAAUCACUCUUCUGAUUGCCAGUUACAUCAACAACUUCCAUCAACAAAAGGCAGCAUGUCACCACCUCUCCGCUCCAGCCCUGCUUUCCCUCGAGGCCCAGGAAUCCCAGGCCAGGGUGCUGGGAAGCCAGCCCCUGCUCCCAGGCAGCAGGCCCACCAAAGGCCCCACGCUGCUCUGAAGGCUCAGGAGCCUGGACAUUGCUGCCUGUCCCUGAGCAGCGGCUACGUCAGCUGCACCAUGAUGGUUGGUGCUGUCCCAUGGCACCACGCUCCAGGGUUCGAGAUGGGGUUGCUGCUCUUAUUUGAUCCUUAACUAUCCAAACAAUAGUAAAACAAACACAGAAUUUGCCGAUAUGCUUAUUUCUCUUAGAUUAAAUAAGUUAAAAUUUGUCACUUUGCCCACCUUCCUUCUCUCUGGCCACCAGAGACAUGAAUGCAAAAUGCCUUUUUUUCUCUCCUUUAAAUAUUCUGGCAAUCUUAACAAAAAGAGAUUCCAAGCUUUCAUUUGUUAACCAGUUGAUUAUUUGGAAAAGCUCACUGCCAAAAAUAUAAAUACUGUAAUUAAAUGUGCUUUUAAUUAAUGAGGUGGCAUUUUGAAAGGAGCGGGAUUCGCAGUCAGCGGCGGCUGUGGCACAGUAUUAGGGGAAAUUGUAGAGCAGGUGCAAAAAGUUGUCUGGCUCCGGGCAUCACUAUGCGAGGAAACGGGAGUUCAGGAACCACUAGCUCCCGUGUGGUGUGAGAGGGGAUGCCGGCCACCCUUGCAGAUCACGGGCAUGGAAAGUUUAAAAUGAAACUGUGGCUCUUGGUUCUGCUCCUAUAUACCAAGUUCACGCAAUACUGCCCAGUUUUCAUUGCAUUUGGUGCUAGGUCAACUUGACCUUGCUUCAUUAAAUAACAGUGUUUUUGAAAUAAAGAUGGUCCUUACACUGUUGUCCCUGAGAUAGUUCUUUCUAAUUAUAGCUUAAAAAUAAAUUCAAGAAAAAUUAAAGAAUUCUUCUGUCAAAGUAGGUAAAAUUUUAAUUGGAAAAGUAUUGAAAUGUAUUACUAUACCAGGUCAUAAAGAAGUGGCCAGUAUACUCUAAUAUGUGUCAAAACAGUGUCAUUGGUAUUCAUAAUAAAAAUGGAACUGUGAUAAAACAUAAAAAUUCUAUUAUAGAAAUGUUUAACUGUAAUAGUAAUCAUUAGUAUAGUUAAAUUUAUUUAUGUGUAGAAUAUUUUGUAUUUAUUUGGGGGGCAUAUUUAUCACCUAUUGUGUCAUAUUUUUAAGCAGUUUGGAAAAAGAAACAAGACCUUAGUUUCUGAAUUAAUUUGUUGGCAGGGCCCUUACAUUCUCAUCCUCUAUGAUUUCUCCCCAUGGCAGUGUACUGUUCUCACAGCCUUUCGGAAAUGUUCCCUCCUAGAGAAGAGCAGAGCCCAGAAGUGCGGCGCUCAACCAACACCACGCCUUAGAACUGAUCACAGAGCGAGCUUGAAAGACCCCCGAGAAGAGACGCUCGUUGGCCAUUUCUCCCCUCAUCUUUUGAGCCGCAGCUACUUUCUGAGUAAAUAAUCAGUUUUUUAGAAUAAACUGAUAACUAGUUGGGGAUGAUUCUCAGGCAUCUUUUGGCUGGGAUUCAGUAGUGUUUCCGGGCUCCCAGAAAACCAGGAACUUACGCAUUAGCUGGUGAGCCAGCCGCUUGGCAGAGCUGCUACUUAUGUGGGAGAACUUUCUGCUCAGGCAGUAGGUAGUUCACUCGCCAUUUGGUAAGCUGCCACCCAACCCAAUCUUAUUUAAGAAUGAGUAGUGAAGGCUUAAUUUAAACAACAGUAUCUUAGACUUGGCAUUUAUUUUUGAUAGAGCAGAGAAAAAAUGUUUUGAUGGAAAGAAAUCAAUUUUCUGUAACUGAUGAUGUGAAAAUUUUAUUUUCUGGGAAAUUACUUACAUAGCCAUUUUAAAACUUCAAAGUAUGUUAUUAUGGUUGGUUAUAAAAGAAUAAUGUUUCAUGUCUAACUGUAAUAUUUGUCUCCUAUCAUUUUCUUCCCUUUCAAUCAUAAUACAUGAUUUACAGAACCCAUAUUGAGCAUUAUCUUUUGAAUAACCUUCAAGAAAUACCUAACGUUUUCAUUGUCAAAGCUGAGUGCACUACUAGCGAAAAUGGUAGUUAUGUCGCCUCUUGUAUUCAUGCUUUGUCUUCAGUGUUGCUUUGUUUUAUCCUUAUAAAAGGAAGCUGUUUUGGAAAAUUUAUUGAAUAUAUAUAUAUAUAUAUAUAUAUAUAUAUAUAUUCAAUAGAGAAAUAAACAGACAUACUGGUUUCCCCAUGAUUUCAUAAUAAACUCCUAAGGAGUUUAUUUCACUUAGAUGAAUUUAAUGAACUUUGUUCUAA